CAGCUGAAAAACUUCCCCCCUCCUUCACUGUCAGAGUUGGAGAUGACGUCACUUUGCCUUGUGAAAAUGUGAUAGAUGGUCAGAAAAACUGUGAAUAUACUACAUGGCUCUUCAGUGGUUCAGGAAACAAACCAGCAGUAGCGCUGUUUGAACUUGGACAGAUUCACAAUGAAGCCAAAUCUAAAUCAGACAGACUGAGUGUUACAGAGAACUGUUCUCUGGUUAUAAAGAAGGUCACAGUCGAGGAUGUUGGUCGUUAUUACUGUCAACAGUUCAUAUCAGGACAACAACAAGCUCCAGACUCUCAGGUUUAUCUGUCUGUUAUUACCAUGACUGAACAUAAGGACGCUGAUGAGGUGACGUUAACCUGCUCUGUGUCGACACAUGGACAGUCCUGUAGACACACAGUGAAGUGGCUGUAUGAGGGUAAAGAUGUGGACAAAGAUAACAAAGACAUGAAGACAUCACAGUCUGUCUGCUACGCCGCUGUGUCUUUCCUGGAUUCUCAUUUUAGUUACAAAUCAAAGUCUAACUUGAAGUGUGAAGUGACAGAUGGUUACUCUGGAAAAGUGCAGCUGUUCACCUUCAGCCCUCAGUCCUCAGGUGAGAAAACAGGUGAGAAUAUGCUGAGCUGUUCAAGAUGACUAAAACCACCAAAACAUUUGUUUAUCUGAUGACUUUUUAAGAUGACAUCAUUCUUUCUCAUUUAGUGACAGCAGAUGGUAAACAUGAGGGAUUUUCUAACUCAACAGUUUCUUGGGUUGUGA